AACACCUGCCCCAAAUAUCCAUUUCCCCAUAUCCCUAAUUGGAAGAAGCAACCAAUUGCCCAGACUACAUCCGCCACGAACAUUGCAGUUCAAUUCAACCGGAAGCAGAUUGGAAGUUGGUUCCCACCUGGAAUCAGACGUCACGCAGUCAAAUCCUCAGCUCUGAAUGUGGCCCUCUUUGCGGCGGCAGCGGGGAACAAAAGGAACCGAGCUGCUUUUCAAUUCGAGUUACUCCUUGAACAUGGACGCUACACCAUGGCAUUCAAUGGCAUCCGAGAUCUUGAGUCCGAGAAACAACUCUGGUCAGGUCAUUGUCGCGUCUCCAGGGCAUGGUUGGGUGUCAAUGUGACGACUGAUAAAGUCCUGCAUUUCGAUCUCAUCUUGAUGGAUGCCAAGGGAAAUGAUAUAUGGGUGCAUAUCCCACCAGUGCUGCAAGACCACUUCAAACGAUUGCUGCAGGAACAGCAGGUCUACAACAUUAAAAACUUUGAGCUUCACACGACCCAACUGAAAUAUCGCCCCAUUGCCAAUACAUAUAUCAUGUCGUUCUCCCGGAAGACUACUGUUGAGCAUGUUCCUGAUGUCCCUGCCAUUCCUGCCUUCAAAUUCAGUUUCCUCAAAGCAAGUGAGAUGGCAUCUAAAUUGAAUGAUGUGGUCAUCCUCUCAGAUGUUGUUGGGCAAGUAGUACAGCACUCGGAUGCCAUCAAGACAACGAAUCUUGCUAGGAAAACCAUUCGGAAGGAGCUUCAACUGAAACUAAUUGAAGGGGAUGUUGUCAAAGUUAUUAUCUGGGGAAGAGUUGUAGCUGAAUUUGAUAAGUUGAUCAAACCUGGUGAUAAUGAACAAGUCAUACUGGUUGUAACUGCUGUUUCUGUCAAACCCUUCCUAGGUGAACUUUGCUUUAAUUCUUCGGGUUCAACAGUGUUGUAUCCCAACCUUGAUAUCCCAGAAGUAAAGGCUUUCACAACCAGGAAUGUGCAACCACAGCAGCCCGUGUUUGUUGAAUUACCCCCACCCCCCUUCAUUCGUAAUAUUACUCUAUCGGAAUUGCUGGAACUUCAAUUGGACCCUGAUAAUGAGGAAUGUGUGUAUGCUGUCGAAUGCAAAGUCGUAGGAAUCAAGCCAUUUUGGUGUUACAUGGGCUGUCCAACCUGUGUCCUUAAACCCAUAGAAAGACAUGGAGAAUACUACUGUGUCAAAUGCAACAAGCCAACACCAACAAGAGAUGCCAAAUAUCGUAUACAGCUUGAUGUUGAAAGCAAUUCUGUGCCAGCUACCUUUAUCAUCUUUGAGUAUGAAGCAAAACGCUUCUUUGGUGUCAGUGGUAAUGACCUUUUCAAUAGGACGGGUCAAAACAAUGAGGUACCCCCUCCAGAUCUACUCCAAAUAGUUGGUGACACCAAACUAUUUCAUGUCAAGUUCAAGAUAAAUCUCUACAGUGAUUCACAAGCUGAUUUCACUGUCUUAAAAAUCUUGGAACCCACAGAACAGUCUCCAGCUUCUGUUCUUCACAAAGAUGCCUCAUGUUCAUCAAUUACCAGUGGAGUUGAGUCCUCCCAAACUUCAUCUCAACAUUCCAUCCCAAAUCCAGCACAUCAAGAGGCAGACAAAGGCGUUUCUGUUGAUAUCACACCUGAUAAUAAACUGAAACGAAAGAUGCACCCAGAGUGA